AUGCUCCAGGCAGAGAAGCAGCGCGUCCAGCUCCUCCGGUAUUCGACAACCACCGGAGGUGCAAAUCACGUGCUCUCCGCCAUGCAGCAAAUCAAUUCUAUCGCGAACUUCAACCGCGAGCGAUUCCACCAGCACAGAACCAAAAUGUCCCAAUUAUUCUCCCCACUGGCCCUCCGGGCCCUCCGAAGUAUUAUCCAGCGCCCAGCCCUCGCACCGCCCAUCCGCCGCACCCUCAUUACAUCCACCGCCAAAGCCCCGAUCACCCGCUUCAACUUCCAGCCCGUUUUCCGCACCGCUGCACCCUUGUCGAGGCAGUUCUCUACCUCCCCCAUUAUCCGCGCUACAUAUAAUCAAGUACGUCGCGGUAUUCGCACUGGGCAGCGGGUUCGUCGGGGUCGCUCGCCUGCGCUGAAGGGCACGCCUGGUCUUAAGGGCGUUUGUCUUAAGACUGGUGUGACAAAGCCCAAGAAGCCCAAUUCUGGGGAGCGGAAGGUUGCCAGAGUGCGGUUGAGCUCUGGGAAGGUUAUUACUGCUUAUAUCCCCGGUGAAGGCCACAAUAUCCAGCAGCACAGUGUUGUCCAGGUUCGUGGUGGACGUGCCCAGGAUUGUCCCGGUGUGAAGUACACCCUUGUUCGUGGUGCUAUGGAUUUGGGUGGUGUUGGAAGUCGUAUGUCGAGUCGCUCGAAGUACGGCACUAAGAAGCCGAAGACCAACUAA